UCUAUUGAAGAUUUCGCUUAGUCAUUUUAUGAAGACAGAUAACUUAUAUAAAGUUGACGAAAACUAUAAGACACACUGCUUCCUUCUUGUACCUUUAAAGUGUCAACAUGAUGCGAAACAAUAUAUUGCAAGGUGCAGAAUUCAAACCUACUUUAGACAACACAAGUUUAGGCGAUUUCUUCUUUAAUUAUGCUGAGAAAAACGGCAAUAAAAUUUGCCACAUAGAUGCUGAUCUGGAUCAGUCCGAAACCUACUCUAGUGUCAAACAGCGAACGACUCGACUAGCAAUAAACCUGAAGAAGAAAGGGAUAAAUUCAAAAGACGUGGUGGCUUUCUGUAGUUACAACUCUCUUGAUAACACCAUACCGAUUAUUUCGUCCUUGUAUCUGGGAGCCAAAGUCGCAAAUUUAGACCCCACACUGUCAACUAGACAAACAAAACAUUUAUUGUCUCUUGUCUCACCUCGCCUUAUCUUUGUUGGAGAAGAGUCAGUUCCUUUGAUUGAAAAAUGUCUAAGUGAGGCAAACUUGAAUUCAGAAAUUGUAGUUUUCGGAAACUCGACUAAAUAUGAUACGUUUUCCGAUUUACUCGCACCUUCUUUAGAAGAAAAGACAUUUAGGCCGGAAAAAGUCGACAUUCAUGACAUUGCUGUUAUGUUCUUCAGCAGCGGUACCACAGGCUUGCCUAAAGCAAUCUGCCACAGUCAUUAUAGUUUUUUGCAGCUGACGGAAAUAUCAAAUCAAAGUGGACACGAGACCAGUUGUACUUUGCACUUUACAACUUUUUACUGGAUAUCUGGGAUGUUAAUGCUGUCGCUUAUGUUUCUGGAAGGUGGGACUAGAGUUUUUGCUCGCAACAUGGAGGGAGAACAAACUCUGAGAAUGAUUGAAAAGUACAAAAUAACGGCUCUUUUUGUCGCUCCUGUCUACACGUAUGAGCUCACAAGUGUGGCAAAUCCGGAGAGAUUCGAUCUUUCCUCCUUCCGAUGCUUUCUAACCGGAGGUACUUCCAUGAGCAUCGAACAGUUCAAAAAACUGAGCUCUUAUUUCCCGCAAACUCACGUCCUGUUCGGUUAUGGAAUGAGUGAGGUUGGCAUAAUCUCCGCUUUUCACACAGAACGAGACAAACAUUUCAUUAAAACCAAGUUUGGUUCCUGUGGGAAAGUUGUGGCCCAAACAACUCUUAAAAUUGUUAAUCCAGACACUGAGGAAGUGCUGGGUCCGAACCAAAAGGGAGAAAUUCGUAUCAAAUCAGCUGGACUUUUUAAAGGGUACUACAAGGCUGAUAGUUCGCAGUGUUUUGAUAAAGACGGGUUUCUCAAAUCGGGGGAUGUGGGAUAUUACGAUGCCGAUGGUUGUUUAUACGUAGUGGAGCGAAUAAAAGAAAUGUUCAAGUAUCUCUCUUGGCACAUUGUGCCAUCUUUGAUUGAGGCCAUUUUGUUGGAACAUCCGGCUGUUAAGGAAGCUGUGGUUUUUGGAAUUCCGGCUGGUGAAAAAGGGGAAAUUCCAGCGGCUUGUGUUGUUUUGAAAGACAAGUGUUGCAACGUUAACAAAGACGAGAUUUUAAAGUUUGUAGAAGAGCGCGUUUCCGAAAGGGAGAAGCUUCGAGGCGGAAUUACAUUUUUGAACGAGUUGCCUAGGACGCCCACUGGAAAAUUAAUAAGAAAUGAAGUUCGCAAUAUUGUCAUAAAGUCGAUGUAAAAAACAUGUUAUGUUAUUCGGAACAAUAAAGUAUAAUCGAGUA